AUGCGACACUGUAAUUGGAGAACACCACCGGGUACAGAAAUUUACCAAAGUGGAGAUUUAAGCGUUUUUGAAAUUGAUGGAAAAGUAGACAAAACAUAUUGCCAAACACUAUGUCGAUUGGCCAAAUUAUUUUUGAACCUAAAGACUCUGGACUAUGGCGUUGAACCGUUCUUAUUUUACAUUGUGACGAAAAACGACGGUUUUGGCUGUCAUUUGGUUGGUUAUUUUUCAAAACUAAAGGAAAAUGAAGAAAAUUUUAAUGUAGCUUGUAUCGUUAUCAUGCCACAGUACCGAAGACAAGGUUAUGGACGAAUUCUCAUAGAAUUCAGUUAUCUUCUAUCUAGAAUUGAAAGACAGCCGGGAACUCCAGAAACACCACUUUCCGGCUUGGGUAAAAUUACAUACGAUGCGUACUGGAAAGGUGUGAUUCUGGAAUAUUUACAUAAACACAGAGACGUUGACAAAAUAUACAUCAAUGAUGUUAGCAGUGAAACUGGAUUAAUGAGACAAGAUAUCAUUGACACUUUCCAAUCUCUACACAUGGUUGUGGAAAUCUAUAAGGAAAUAACCAUAUGCAUAGAUUGGAAUGUUGUAGAUCGUCACAUACAGAAAAAAAAUGAAUCAAAACAAGUUCAUAUUGAUCCAGAUCGAUUGAAGUGGACACCAUCAAAUUUAUCGGAUGGCCAAGAUAACCGACCUCUGGAAGAACCGAUUUUCAUCAAGUGCAUUCCAGGUGGCUAA